AUGAAGCAUCUUCCUCUCCACAGCUCUGCUCCCUUCUGGGGAAGCAGAGCUCUCCUGCUGUUUCUUGCCUUUUCCUUGGAGCAGACUACAGCAUCGUACACCAUCAGAAUCAAACAUGGAACAUGCCCCCAAAAUCGGUUGGAAUGUAAGACUCAGAUCCAGAGCUCAUGCAAAACAGAUUUCAAUUGUGAAGCCCAUCUAAAGUGCUGCACUUUUGCCUGUGCCAAGAUCUGCAUGGAUCCUUAUGAAGAACCCUGCAUGUUACCCUUAGACACGGGAAACUGUAAUGACAUCUUGACACGCUGGUAUUUUGACUUUGACCAACAACAGUGCAAAUCGUUUACAUAUAGUGGCUGUCAUGGGAACAUCAACAACUUCCUCAGCCAGACUGAUUGCAUGGAUGCCUGCAUGUUGAUUGUCAAGAAAGGACAGUGCCCACUCUUCCCUUUCCGAGGUCGAAUGGAGUGCCCAGCCUCGUGUAAGAAUGACAUGGAUUGCCUUGAGAAGGAAAAAUGUUGUGAAUCCAGGUGUGGCUUUGUUUGUGCCAGGGUCUGGUUAGUCAAAAUAGGUUUUUGCCCACGGAAGCCCCUGGCGUGUUCCAAGAUCGAUAAACCCAAAUGUCUACAGGACACUGACUGUCCACUAGAAGAGAAAUGCUGCAUGCACUGUGGACUGAAGUGCUUGGAUCCCAGAUACUGA